AUGAAUGAGCAUUGUGAAACAAGUAAUCCUCAUCCAUAUGAGAAAAGUUCAUGGUUUUCAAAAAUCCAUCAUAGUUGGUUAUUUAACAUAUUCAAGAUUCGACAUAAACGUUCAUUGGAAUCAAGUGAUUUGUAUGAUCUUUUGUCCGAUUUUGAAACUUCAACGUUGACUAAUUUAUUUGAAAACGCAUGGAAUGAUGAAAUACAACUAUCUCGAGCAAAAAAUCGAUUACCAUCAUUGUUUUUUACUACUAUUCGCACAUUUCAAAAAUCAUAUCUUUUAAUCGCCUUAUUGCUCAUAUCAUUCGAAUGUAUUCGUAUUGGUCAGCCGCUUAUUCUAGCUUAUGUAUUAAAUUAUUUUAAGCAAUGUACGACAAUUUCACAUUCACAAGCAUGGUUAACAGCACUACUCCUGUGUCUGCUUUCAUGGUUUUCAGUGACAUUGAGACAUGCAUUUUAUUAUCAUAGUCUUUUAUUAUCACAGAAAAUACGAAUUUGCCACAUGGGUUUAAUAUUUAGAAAAAUACUACGUUUGCACACAUCAUCAUUUUCAUCAGUCUCAAGUGGAAAAAUGAUCAAUUUAAUAACGAAUGAUGUAUCAAAAAUAGAAGAAUUUUCUACAAAUAUUUAUUAUUUAUUAUGCGGGCCGAUUCAAGCUGUGUUUUCACUCUGGCUAUUAUGGAGACGAAUUGGAAAUACUAUGUUUGUAAUAAUGAUAUUUUUUAUUGUAUAUAUUAUUAUUCAAAUGAUUUUUGCCAAAUUAAUACAACAAAUAUGGUGA